AGGAAAAUAACCCAGCAAAUUAGUCCCUCCUUCUGUGAGUACAGACUGAACGUCUUGAAACCAAUAGUGUUGCAUUUUAGGAGCUUAUAGUAAGAAUCCAAUAAUGACUACGAUAGUCUGACAUAAGCAACACGUCAAGUGAGGAUCGGUUUUCUCGUCUGCCAGGGACCAUCUUUUUUCUUCCGCAGUUUCUGUGCAUUCUUUGGAUCUCGUCCAGGUGUUAAAUCUAAAUACAGUAUAAACAUCGCACUUCACAAUGUAUCAGACCAUCAGGAAAUUUGUGUUCACCGACUGUCGUUGUUCGGACGACGAAAGCACAAAAAGUUUCGAGGAGUUGUUUAAGAAGUUGGAUGUGAACAAAGAUGGGAAAGUAGAUGUUUCGGAGCUGAAGGCGGGCCUGGCUGAAAUGGGCUUCUCUAUGGGGAAAGGAGAAGCGCAGAAAAUUAUUGACUCUGGAGAUAGUGAUAAGAAUGAGAGCCUGGACUGUGAGGAGUUUUCAAAGUACCUGAAAGAACAUGAGAAAAAACUCCAACUGACCUUCAAGAGUCUGGAUAAAAAUAAUGAUGGUCUCAUCGAUGCCAAAGAGAUUCAACAGUCACUUAAAGCCAUUGGCAUAAACUUGGGAGAUAAAGAGGUGCAGAAGAUCCUCCAGAGUAUUGAUGCAGAUGGAACAAUGACCGUGGAAUGGAACGAAUGGAGGGAGCAUUUCCUCUUCAACCCUGCAGAUGACCUUCAGGAGAUUAUACGCUAUUGGAAACACUCAACUGUGUUGGAUAUAGGUGAUAGUAUAACCAUUCCAGAUGAAUUCACAGAGGAGGAGAAGAUAACCGGCAUCUGGUGGAAGCAGCUUUCUGCAGGGGCCAUGGCAGGGGCAGUAUCUCGCACAGGCACCGCCCCUCUGGACAGAAUGAAAGUCUUCAUGCAGGUUCAUGCCACGAAAUCUAACAAUAUCAGCCUGGUGAACGGGUUCAAGCACAUGAUUAAAGAGGGGGGCGUGGCCUCUCUGUGGAGGGGCAAUGGAGUCAAUGUUAUAAAAAUCGCCCCAGAAACUUCAAUCAAGUUCAUGGCUUAUGAGCAGUACAAGAAGCUAUUGACAAAAGACGGUGGUAAAAUCCAGCCACAUGAAAGGUUUAUGGCUGGCUCUCUGGCUGGCGCGACCGCUCAAACAGCCAUCUAUCCCAUGGAGGUGAUGAAGACUAGACUGACUCUGAGGAAGACUGGCCAAUAUUCCGGAAUGUUUGACUGCGCCAAGAAGAUUUUGAAGAAGGAGGGAGUGAAGGCCUUUUACAAAGGCUAUGUUCCCAAUAUCCUGGGCAUUAUUCCCUAUGCAGGAAUAGAUUUAGCUGUGUAUGAGACACUAAAGAAUGCAUGGUUGUCACGCUAUGCUACUGAAACUGCUAACCCAGGUGUGCUGGUUCUUCUUGGCUGUGGAACCAUUUCCAGCACAUGUGGCCAAUUGGCCAGCUACCCUCUUGCCCUGAUCCGCACACGUAUGCAGGCCCAGGCAUCUUUGGGGGGAUCGGAGCAGGUGUCCAUGACCAAGUUAAUAAAGAAGAUCAUGGAGAAUGAGGGCUUUUUUGGACUCUACCGGGGGAUCCUGCCCAACUUCAUGAAAGUUAUCCCAGCUGUCAGUAUCAGUUAUGUUGUGUAUGAGUAUAUGAGGUCUGGAUUAGGCAUUUCUAAGUGAUGUAUGUCUAUUUGAGAGAGCAGUGAGAGUCUUUGUGCAAAGUCUUGCAUGUGUUUACAAACGCACAAACCACCUCUCUUUGAAAACACCCUCCGUGAUGGGACAAAAUGUUUCAAAAAUUGUGUCUUGCAUCGGGGUAGGGGCCCAACCUAAUUCAUGUUUACAAUGAAAUGUAAUUGUCCCUUUAAGUGUAUUUGACGAAUUUCUGGAAUAUUCCAAAUUUGCAUCUAUUUAUAUGUUUUCGUCAUGAUAUGUGUAGAUUCCCUGUGAUUUAACAAUAUGCACCUGAAACAACCAAAACAGUGAAUUCAUUGUGAGCGAGUGCACUACAGGUAAUGUUAUACAGAACCAGUCUCUGUUUUACACUAAAUCAGAUUUUUAUAAGAGUAUAGUUUUACAUUUUGUAAGUGAAUUAGGUUGGGCCUUAACUAACGGUGUCUUUGCAUACUGCAGUCAGUACAGUUUUGUAUAAGGUCUGUUGCAAAAUCUGGAGUUUUCAAACAUUUUCAGUAAAACAUGUACCAAUGAAACAAUUGUCAAAAUAAAUAACACUUUACAAUAAGGUUCCUAAUGCAGUAGGUAUCAUGAGCUAACAAUGAACAUUAUAUUUUUGACUGCAAUUAUUCAUCUUAGUUAAUGUUAGUUAAUAAAAAUACAGUUGUUCAUGUUAGUUCAUAGUGCAUUAACUAAUGUUAACAUAUACAACUUUUGAUUUUAAAAAUGUAUUACUAUAUGUUGGAACUGACAUGAACAAAGAUAAAUAAAUGCUGUUAAAGUAUUGUUCAUUGCUAGUUCAUGGUAAAGGAAUAUUCUGGGUUCAAUACAUGUUAAGCUCAAUCGACAGCAUUUGUGGUAUAAUGUUGAUUACCACAAAAAAUCAUUUCGAUUCGUCCCUACUUUUCUUUAAAAAAAAGCUUAAUUCAAGGUAACAGAGAGGCACUUACAAUGAAAGUAAAUGGGGGCCUGUUUUUGGAGGGUUUAAAGGCAGAAAUAUGAAGAAGCACUUGCAUUUAAUUAUUUUGUUAAAAUUCAUGUAUUAUUUAAAUCAUGAUUUUUACAGUUGUUUUAGGGUGAUAAGAUUUGUUGACAUUACAUCAUCAAAAAAAAAUUGAAAGAAAAAUAAAUGUUUGUGGUAAUCAAUGAAUCAACAAAUGCUGUCAAUUGAGCUUAACUUGUAUUAAAUUUGGAAUAUUCCAAAUACUAAUGUCAACAAAUGGAACCUGAUUGUAAAGGGUAUUCCCAGUUUUUUUUUUUUUUUUGUUUAAAGUUUGUUCAGUGGGUUAAAAAUGAAUAAUUAUCCUGUGCCAGACAUUCAUUGCACAUAAUGACAGAUAUAUAUGUGCCUUAUAUCAUUUGUUCAGAUCAUUUAUGUGGGUUUUCUUUCCUCCCUGAUUAUACUUUGGAAAUGACUUGUGUUGCCUUAUAUCCUCUAAGUUUUGUUAUUUUAGAAACUCUUGUUUAUAUUAAAGGUUGUAUUUUAAUACAA